AUGGUUAAGGCUAAUGCCAUGAAGGAGAAUGAGGGUCUGCGGCCGAGAUGGAUAUUUGACUGCUUGGCCGCGCUCGACUCGGAUCUGUUGAACCAUUCUGAUGUCAUCUAUCUGGAGUCUCUUGGGCAGCCUAUUGUGGUUCUCAACACUGCAGAGGCAGCGGUUGAACUCCUAAGGAGACGAGCUGUGAAUUAUUCUGACAGGCCCCGAUUUACGCUUUUUGAAGUCAUGGGCUGGGGUGCGACCUUGACGUUUCUCCCGUUUGGCCCCCAAUGGCGGAUGCAUCGCAAGGUUUUACAGACAAAUCUCAGCCCUUCCAAGGUACGCCAAUGGCACACAUUGCAAGUGCGAGAGGCUCGGCGUGCCGCCGCCUCCAUGUUCGCACCGAAAGCCAGUACUUGGCGAGAUGUGCUCAAGAGAUUCUCAGUUGCCAUUGUUCUCAUGGUAAGCUACGGGAUAGAGGUAGACUCUGACGAUGACGAGUAUGUGAAGAUUGCAAACGAUGCAAUAUACGCCACUGGCAAUGGAGGUCUUCCGCCGGUAGUAUUGUCGACCUAUUUCCACUUGUUAACUUACCGCGCGGGAUGCAUUGCACUAGCCCGGCACCUACCAAACUGGCUCAUUAGGGACUGGCCUUUGAAGUUUGCACGAGAAUGGGGAUGGGCCAUCCGCAAGCUGCACGAUGUGCCCUUUGCGGAAGUCAAGGCCGAAGUGGACGAUGGCAUCGUACGAAAAUCCCUUGCGCAUCAACUUCUUUGGGAUUACAGGUUACUCAAGAUGCAGGGGAUGAAUCCAUCGUUCAAGCUAGAGGAUAUCAAAGGUGCUAGCGGGGCAGUCUUUAUCGCGGGCGCGGACACGACAUGGGCAACGCUGGCCGUGUUCAUGCUCUGCAUGGUUCUUUUCCCAGAAGUACAGGACAAGGCACAAGCGGAGCUUGACAGUGUUCUUGGUCCCAACCAACUUCCCAACUUUGACGACCGGCCACGGCUUCCGUACAUUGAUCUGCUGUUACAUGAGAUCUUUCGGUAUGACAUCCCCCUUGCAAGCAUGACUUGA